AUGGUGCGACAAGCGGCUGUCCCAGCGGCGCACGUCGCCGCGCCGCCGCCGCCGCCGGCACCGCCGCUCCCGACGCGGCGCCUCGCCCCGGAGAUCGCAUCCCGCUGGGCGACGCGGCCGCCGGCGGCCCCGGACGUCGAGGCCAUCGAGGCGCACCAGCUGGGUCAUCGCACGCAGACCAUCGGCGUGCCCGCGGCGAGCCUCUGCCGCCGCGGAUUUCCGCAGGCCACGCUCCAGGAUCCCUCCGUCCACAAAUUCGGCGCGGGCCUCGUGCGCCUCACGUGCCCCCACCUCUGCGAGGCCAUCGACGCGUGGGAGCGCGACGACGCCGUGCGGACCGUGUCGAAGGCGCUGCUCGUCGACGGCGCCGACGCCUCGAAACACCGCGACUCCCUGGACCGCGUCAACGCGCGCCACGCGGCGACGCGCCGCAGCCUCGUCGAGGGCACGGACGCGGAGCGGCGCGCCGUCGAGCGCCUGGGAGAGGACGCGUUUUCCCACGCCAUGGGCUCGGGCAUCGCGGGCAUCUCGCAGGGCAAGCUCGAGGACGUCAAGUGUCUGCACGCGCAGGUCGCGGACGAGCUCCUCUCGGGCGACAACGCGCUCGGCAAGGCCAUCCUCGACGGGCUGGGCGCCCGCGGCGUCGACGUCGCCGGCUCGCCGACCUGCCACGAGCAGUGCUCGGGCUGCGACGGCGGCUGGCGCUACACCCCGACGAAGAACAAGCAGAAGUUGUGGACGACGAAGCGCCGGCACAAGGAGCUCCAGGAGCUGCGGAAGCGGGGCGUGACGACGAGCCUCGGGCCGGGCCUCGCCGUCGAGGGCGACGCCCAAGAGGAGGAGGAGCGGAUGGAGCCGUCGAAGGCGACGAAGCCGCUGGUCCGCGGCGGCAAGAAGAAGAAGAAGCGCGCCGCGGACGCAGAGCUCUCAGCGCUCGUCGAGGCCUGCGGCGCGGCAGCGCCGUCGGCGAAGCGCAAGAAGAAGCAGCGCAAGCUGAGUCCACCACACGCGCCGCACCCGGCGGCGGGCGGCCAGGCGGCGACGGCGUUGGCGGCCAAGUACGCCUGGGACACGGACUACGGCGACCACUUCGAGACGAGCGAGCAGGCCUUCCGCGACGUCGCUCCAGCGUUGCGCGCGCUCUGCGGCGACGGCGCCGGCGCCGCGAUCCUCGACCCCUACUACUGCGACGGCGCCGCGGAGACGCGGUUGCGAGCCCUGGGCUUCCGCAACGCGACGAACCCCGCGACGGACUUUUACGCGUCGCGCGCGUACCGAGAACCCGGCGACCGGUCGACGUUCGACGCGCUCGUGACGAACCCGCCCUACAGCGGCGACCACAAGGAGCGGUGCCUGGCCUUCGCCCUGGCCUGCGGCCGGCCCUUCGCGCUGCUGCUGCCCGCGUACGUCGCCGAAAAAAAGUACUUCGCGGACGCGUGCGCCGAAACGGGCGCGGCGCCGUUCUUCGUGAGCCCCGCGCGCGGCCGGCCCCCCUACGAGUACGCGCACCCGCACGGCACGGGCAAGGCCGCCGCGCCCUUCGCGAGCGCCUGGGUCGUCGACUCGGGCCGCGGCGCCGCGGCCACGGCCGCGCUCUUCGAGGCCGUCGCGAAGCUCCCGGCCUACGCGCCGGGCGCGGCGGCCGCGGCGCACCGGUCCCGCGCGGCCCUCGCGGGCGGCGGCCAGCUCCGCGAGGGCAAGCGGCCCAACCCGCGGCAGCGCAAGAAGAAGCGGGCGCGGGCGCCAAUGCCCCCUCUGGUGGACCUGCCCCCGCUGGGCGUGGGCGCGCCCGCGCCCGCGGCGAGCGCCAAGGCCGACGAGCCGCGCGCCGCGUCGCGGUCCGCGCACCCGCGCAACAGCGCGCGGAGCGAGUUCGAGAUGGAGACGCGGGAGCGCGCGGAGCUGCUGCGGCGCGAGCGCGAGGAGUCCGGCGAGGACCCGAGCGCCUUCAAGUGCGUCAUGCUCGGGCGCACCUUCGGGCGCACGGACCAGGAGCUGCUGGGCCUCGCGCAGAAGCUCGCGGACGCGGCGGCCAAGGCGAAGGAGCGCGCGCGGCGGCCGCCCGACGACGAGUUCCCGGCCGCGAAACCCAAGGAGCGCGCGAAGCGGCCGCCCGACGACGAGUUCCCGGGCCCGCUGCGGCCCGCGUCGAGCGCGGCGCCGCGCGAGGCGAGGCCCGGCGGCGGCGCGCGCGUGGUGCGGUCGCCGGCCGCCGCGAGCCGCGGCGCGUCGGCCGAGGCGUCCCUCGAGGGCCCGCCGCCGUCGCUCGGCGAGAUCUCGGCGUUGAUCCAGCAGGAGAUGACCCAGGACAACGCCCAGGCGCGGGACCCCCACUUCGUGCCCGACGUGGGCACGCUGGACCGCUGGUGGGAGUCCCGGAGGGUCGAAUUCGAGGGCGACGAGGCUCUGCCGGACCGCUCGGGCACGCUGGGCUCCGCGGGCGACGCGCCGCCCUUCCGCGCGUUCGCCGGAUCUCUGGAGAAGGACACGCUCUUCGCCGAGGCGCGGCUCCCGGCGACGCACGUCGAGGCCUGGCUCGCGACCGUCGUCGCGCGCGCGGGCAAACGCCUGAACGUGCUGCCGAAGAACGUCAUCGAAAUGCGGGAAGCUCUCGGUCUCCCCCCGACGCUCCACGACGACGACGACGCGCCGCCGGCGCUUUUUGACGACGACCUGACGGCGGAGCUGGAGCAGGGCGCGCCGGACGAGCCCGCGUGGGCGCGGCUCGAAGAAGAGGACGGCGGCGGCGCGACGGUUUUGACGGACGCGGCGCCGAGCCUCGACGACUCGACCUACGCGAAGCCCAACUUCGACCAGACCGACGACGACCGGCCGGGCACGGCCCUGGCCUGGCUCCGCGGUCUAGGCGCGCGGCCGGGCGCGCCGGAGGUUUCGGAGGACCCGGAGCCCGAGGCGCCCGCGCAGCGCCCGGAGUCGACGGAGCCGCACGCGCUGCUCCGCGCGGCCUACACGCUGAGCCAGCAGGAGAGCACGAAGCUGCGCGCGGCGCGCGCGAAGAAGCUCUGCCCCGUGGGCGAGCUGCGGAAGCUCGGGCUCGACCGGAGCACGCUGCUGCGUUUAGGCCUGAGCCACCGGCUCGUCGACGACACGUACAACGGCCUCUACUGCCACACGGUCGGCGCGCACCAGUUCGUGCGCCGCGCCUGCCGCCGCGCGGCGCCGGAGCACCGCCGCCAGCUCGCGACGGCGCUCUGGCUGCUCUACCUCCACCUCGGCGAGUCCGUCGAGGACGCGCGCUACGCGACGGUCGUCACGCAGGUGCGCGAGGCGGGCCUCGAGCGCGUCCAGCGCGUCAAGGAGAAGUACUUCGAGGAGCAGCGCGCGCGGCGGAAGGCGGAGCACCUCAACGCGGCCCACGACGCCGCCGCCGCGGCCUUCGCGUCCGACAAGAAACAGUCCGACGCUUUGGUGGCCGCGAUGAGGCGCGCCAAGCUCGAGGACGCCGUCGCCCACGACACGAAGCUCCUCGCCGCCGAGACGCUCCAGGAUAGGGCGGAGAAGGCCCUGGAGGACUCCGACGCGCUCCUCAGGGCCGCGCGGGCCGAGGGCAAGAAGUUGAUGGCCGAGCUCGCGCACGUGAAGCGCGAGAACCGCGAGCACAAGAUGGUGUUGGAGACCCAGGGCAACGACAUCCUGGCUUUGACGGCCACGGUCGUCAACGUCGAGUCGCAGCGCGACGCGGCGCGGGCCAUGCUCGGCGACGCGAACGCGCGAGCCCAGGACGCGCGCGACGCGCGCGAGGUCGCGGAGACGGCGCUCCACGCGGAGCAGGUCGCGCACUACCAGUCCGAGAGCGAGCUCGAGCAGAUGCGCCGGGACCUGGAUGCUCUGACGGCCCUCGCCGACGCGGGCCUCCAGGACCAGCCGGAGCGCAAGACGCACACGUCCGAGGGCCGGCCCGUGACGGCGUCCUACGAGCGGCCGCUGUCGUCCGACGGCCUGAAGCUCGACGGCGCGCGGGAGCCCUCCGAGGCGCGCACGGAGGCCAUCGAGCGCCUCGGCGCGGCGUCGACGCUCACGGCGCCGCCGCCGCCGACGCGCGAGGAGCUCCACGUCGUCGCGAACGAGCACCGGGGCAAGGACAAGCUCAAGGCCAUGUGCCACGCGCGGCUGCUCGACGAGACGGGCACCGUGGAGCAUCUCAUCGACCGCCUGUGCGGACCCGAGUCGCCGCCGAAACCCCAACGGGCCGGGACCUUCGACGACGACGACGAGGCGUCGUCGGCCGCGAAGCCCGUCACGCACGUGUUGGCGGCGAAGCUCUGGGAACUGGAGGAGGAGCUCGCGCUCCUCCGCCAGAAGGAGCAGGAGCGCCUCGAGCGCGAGGAGGAGGAGCGCGACCGCGAGCUCGCGCGGGGCUACGACGACCUCCUGCCCGGGUCCGCGGCCGAGGCCUUCAUGCACGGCUUCGAAAACUUCGAGGAGGUCGCGCGCGAGCCCGAGGACACGAUGGCGUCCGCGCAGGCCGCCGCCGAAAAGGCCGCGGCGACGUGCGUCGCCGAGGUCUGGGAGCAGAUGUUUAUCGCGAAGGACGCCGCGUGCCUCGCGGCGAAGGCGCGCGCGGACGUCCUCGAACGGCAGAUCACGGCCGUGCCCGCGGCCGCGGCGAGCUUCAAGGCGCUGCGAGUGCACAACAUCGACACGGAGCGCGACUUCCGGGAGGUCCAGGAGGAGCUCGAGAUGUGCGAGUUCAAGCUGCGGGACGCGGAGCGCGCCGUGAAGACGUCCGAGGACGCGCACGCGGCCGUCAUGGAGGCCGAGGUGUUGCGGGAGCGCAUGGCCGUGCAGCAGAAGACGACGACGCACUUAGGCAUCGAGCUGGAGCAGGCCCGCGAGAUGGCGUCCCAGAGCCGCCAGGAGGUCUUCGCGUUACAGAAGCAGGUCGACGACGACGUCGGCAUGAUCAAGGACGCGGAGCUGCGGUGCGCGAAGAUCGUCGAGGAGCACCGCGUCGAGCUGUUGGUCGCGGGCGAGGCGCGGAAGCAGGCGACCGCGCGCAUGCAGGAGGUCACGGCGAGCCGCGACGGCUUCAAGGCGGAGCUGAAGCGCACGCGCGAGGUCGACCUGGAGCUCGAGCGGCGGCGCGUCCGGGAAUUGGAACGGUUGUUGGACGACGUCACGGGCGGCGUCUCGGACAUGCUCGACGCGCACCGGCGCCACGGCCAGCAGGACGUCGAGGACUGGCGGCGGCGCACGGCCCUGGCCCACGGCGAGGAGGCGGGCUUCGUCAAGUUUUCGCUGAAGCAGCGGGUCAAGGGCGACGACGACGACGGCGGCGGCUACGUGUCCAGGGCGAAGAUCAUGCCCCACUGGCCCGGCGACGUGCUGGUCGUCGACGGCUGCGACAAGGCCGUGGACAAGGACGUCAUCCGGCCGCCCAUCGAUUUGGACGUGUUGGGUGCCGCGUUCCUCGGCGGCUACGGCGACUUUCUCGACCGCGCGUCCGUGGCGCACGCGCGCGCGGGCUGCGAGAUCCUGCAGUCCGCCGAGGGCCCGCAGGCGCCGCCGCUCCUCCUCCACAACUCGCUGCGGCUCCGCGAGGGCAACGCGCGCGAGCUGCUGCCGUCCGCGGGCUACCGCCUCGAGGCCCUGGGCGCGCGGAAGGCGGACCGGCUCCACUGCGUCGCGGCGCGCGACGCGAAACAGUUCACGCACGCGCGGGGCACGGCCGCGGCCGCGGCGCUCGCGCAGCUCGGGCGGGCCCUGGGUUUGGCGGCGCGGGAGCAGCAGGUCGCCGCGGAGGUGCGGGACUUCAUGAGCCGCCAGAUCGCGGAGCACUCCGCGCGCUACGCGACCGCGUCCGCGCGGUGCGAGAACUUGGUCUUGGCCGCGGAGCGCAUGGACCAGCAGCACCUCGCCGUGCUCGAGGAGCGGGACAACCACCGGCGGAAGCUCGUCAUGAACGCGCGGCGCCUGAAGCAGUCCUGCGACGCGGAGCUGGGGAAGAUGCGGCGCACGCUGGAGACGAAGCACGACACGAUGGAGGUCCACCAGACGUCCGCGGGCCUCGCGUCCGAGGUCGCGCAGAUGGCCUUCGAGGACUGCGAGGGCCGGGAGCUUAGAAGAUGGGAGAUGGCGACGCUCGUCUCCGUCGCGGACGUCGCCGACGCGGCCGUCGACGCCGCCGAGGCCGUCACGCGCGCCAUCGCCGUCGCGGACCCGGGAGGCUUCGUCGACGCGCCGUCGGCGGCCGACGACGUCGCGCGCGCGGCCGCGGCCGCGCGCGCGGCCGCGGAGAAGGAGGCGGCGCGCCCGCCGCCGCGCGAGGCCGAGGAGGCGCCGCCGCCGACGACGGAGACGGCGACCGUGGCGCCGUCCGCGCCGCCGGCGAAGAAGCGCGGCGUGAAGCGCGGCAUGUCCAAGUUCGCGCUCGGCCGGCAGACGUCGCAGCUGCGCCGCGGCUCCGCGGGCACGAACAUCGGCAACCGCCGCAAGUCCACGGAGGGCGGCGCGCCCGGCGCGCCGCCGCAGGCGGACAACCGGCGCGACAUGCUGAAGAAGCAGAAGAGCAACGUCAUCCGGGAAGACGCGGAGGAGGACGACGACGAACCGAAAACCGAGGCCGAGAAGCCGCCGGAGAAGCCCAAGACGCCUGCCGAGGAGCCGCCGCCGGAGGAGGAGAAGCCGCCGCCGAAGGAAGAGCCGCCCAAGAGCCGCCUCGCGGCCGCGCGAAAAGAGCGCCGCGACCGGGAGACCUCCGACUCCAGCGACAGCGACGACUCGAAAGAGCGGACCAAGUCCGUGCCCCGGCCCGGCGACGACGCCGACGACGCGUCCAAGGACUCGUCGUCGACGAAGGAGGAGCCCCUGCCGGCCGCGGGCGUCCGCGGAACUCAAAGACGGGGCACGGUCCGCGUGCGCCGCUUCUCCAUGGAGAAGAAGAUCGAGCGCGUCGUCAACGACGAGUGGCUGCGGCACCGGUCCCACGCGAAGCUCGGCGAGCUCUGGCUGAGCCCCCAGCAGCAGGCGCUCACGAAGCUCCAGGAGACGUUCGCCCGCGUGUCGUCGCUCUUCGAGGCCAUCCGCGGGCGCUACCUCGCGACGCACUCGCGGGCCCAGAAGCUCUCGGGCGUGUUAGACCGCAUGACGUCGGCCUACAACGAGCUCCAGACCAACUUACGGGACGCGAACCGCGCGCGGACGCCCAACUCGUCGCGGCCGAGCAGCGGCCCGCGGUCCGUCGGCGCGUCCACCGUGGGCCUCGACGCGGACACGCAGACGGCGUCGAAGCUCGUGUGCAUGCGCCAGAUCCAGACCGACCUGAGCUGGGUCCACGGCUGCCUCCAGAACCAGCACACGAUCAUGGUCAGCCGGAAAUUGGACCGCGAGGAGCUGCUCUGGAGCGACACGUCGGAGUCGGAGUACGUGCUCGUGCCCGAGGGCAACCUCGAGAAGCUGAGCGACUUCCAGGGCAACCUCAUCCGCUCCGAGAACGGCUUCUCCGUGGCGCCCGCGGCGAAGCCCGAGUCGCGCGGCAAGCCCCGGGGCGCGGACGCGCAAAAGGCCGCGAAGGCCCGGGGCACCGUGCUCUCCAAGCCCAAGGCGCCCGUGUCGCUCAUGGCCGGGUCCUUCGGCGGGUCGCUCGGCGCCACGACGCCGAAGAAGGAGGAGAAGCCCGCCGCGGCCGCGGCCGCCGCGGAGGCCGAGAAGCCGCGGCCGCCGUCGUCGAACCUCCAGACGGGCGCGGUGCUCCAGAUGCAGGCGCAGUACGUCGAGACCGCCGGCGCCGCCGAGGUCCUGCGGAAGCAGUACGAGUCCGUCGCCGACUCCGGCGACCCCGCGCUCGCCGCGGCCGCCGCGGACUACCGCGACAAGUACGUGGCGGCGACCGCGAAAGCCGAGGAGCUCAAGGCGGCCAUCGCCAAGGCCCAGGGCCAGCCGCCGCCCGCGGCGGCGGCGCCCCAGCAGCCCUGGCCCUUCGCCGGGCAGCCCCAGUCGCUCCGCGAGUCCGGCGCGCACCCGGGCUUCGCGCCCGUCAUGGGCUUCACGCCCCCGUGGGCCGCGGCGCCGCCGAAGCCCGAGUCGCCCGCGCAAGCCGCGCGGCGGUCCUACGUCACCGCGAACGCGGAGGCCAAGGCGCUGCGCCAGCAGUACGACCGCAUCGCGGAGCAGCGCGACGUGAGCUCCAUCCAGAAGGCGGAGGAGAUCCGCGCGCGCUACGCGGACGUGUCGAGCCGCGCGUCGGUGUUGAAGACGCGCAUGCGCGCGUCGAUCGCCGCCGAGACGCUGGGCAAGGCGCGCCAGCGCAAGUUCCGGAGCGUGCUGAGCGACCUCGAGGAGGUGCGGUCCAACGGGGGCAUGAGCGGCGACGCGGCGCUGGAGACGAUCAAGGACGACCUCGCGGCCUACGUCAAGGAGCUGUCGCUGGAGCGCGCGCACGCGGGCAAGACCGCGCCGGCGACGCGGGCCAUGCACGACGAGCUCCAGUCGCUGACGGCGGCCGUCGCGUCCAUGGGCGACGCGGAGCGGCGCGCGAUCGGCGAGCAGCACAUGGUCGAGCUCGGCGAGCAGAUCGACGACCUGCGGCUGGCGUUGGCGGCGCCGCCGGAGGACCUGCCGCCGCCGAAGAAGGAGAAGCGCAACGCGUCCUUCCUCGCGCUGAAGAGCGACCUGGGGAAGCUCCGGGAGGCGCAGAAGGGCGGCCGGCGGUCGUCGAUCGUCGCCGAGGCGGCGACGCCGCUCGCGAAGAGCCGGGAGCAGUUCGACGCCUUCAUGGGCGAGCUCCUGGGCGAGAUCCGGGAGAUCGACGAGGUCUACGACGACCAGGGCCGCGACGUGCCCGAGGACCUCGAGGUGGAGAAGCAGGAGACGGUGACCCACAUCGAGGCGCAGAUCGAGGAGCUCAUGGGCGACAUGCUCGCGAUCCAGGCGUCGCCCCACUUCGGCGCGGGCUCCGGCGGCGACUCGACGAAGAAGGUUUUAGGCGACAUGCUCGAGAAAUUGAAGGCCAUCAAGGAGCACAAGCCGCGGCCCGAGCCGACGGCCGAGGAGCUCGCGCGGGAGCGCUACGAGCACGCGCAGGCCCACUUCCAGCAGCAGCUCGCGCUCCAGCAGCAGCAGUUGCUCGACCAGCAGCGCCACGCGACGGCGUCGGCCGAGGACCUCGUGCAGCACCACCUCAGCGCGCCGGACGCCGCGGCGCCGCCGCCGGCGCUCGCGCCGCAGCCCAUGUCGCACUGGGCCCAGGUCCGCGGGCCCGUCAUGUUCGGCAUGCAGGCCGCGCGGCCGCCCGGGAGCCCCGCGGGCGCGUCGCCCAUGCUCGGCGCCCAGCCGGCGCCGCCGGGCGCGGCGGGCGCGCCGCCGCCGAUGGCGCUGCCCGGGCAGCCGCCCGCGGUCGCGCCGCCCAUGAUGGGCGCCCAGCCCAUGAUGGGCGCGUCGCCCAUGAUGGGCGGGCAGCCCAUGAUGCCCGGGCAGCCCAUGAUGGGCGGGCAGCUGCCCGCGGGCGCGCCGCCGAUGAUGAUGCCGCCCAUGAUGGCCGCGAUGCCCGCCGGCGACGGCGCCGGCGCGGCCGCGAUGAUCCCGCUGGAGAUCCAGCAGGCGCUCGCCUUCGUCGCGUCCUACGACCCGAGCCUCGUCCAGAGCGCCCUGCCGCCGCCGAGCGCGGGCUCCGUCGCCGUCGACUCGGAGCCGGGGUCGUCGCGGCCCGCGACGACGGAGCCCGCGCCGAAGCCCAGGGUCGAGUGGCCCAAGUCCGCGCCGCUCAAGGCCGUCGCGAACCUGCAGGACCUCCUCGCGGUGUCCCGCGAGGCCGCGGCGGCGAAGCAGGCGUCGCCGCCGCACAAGAGCGGGAAAUCGCCGAAGAUCGACCUGGAUUUCGACGCGGUCGCCGACGAGGAGGACAUGCCCGCGGAGCUCGCGGCCGUCGCGACGGCCGCGCUCGAGAGCGGCGGCGACGUCUUCGAGGCGUUGCAGGAGGCCGCGCGGGACCUCGAGGAGCGGGAGCGCGACGCGCUGUCGGCGCCGUCGCUGGGGCCGCGGCUCCUCGAGGUCGUCUCGCUCGCGACGGGCGACAAGGCCGACAAUUUGACGCGCCACGCGGCGCGCGUCGCGCUGCUGGAGACGGUGCAGGGCGCCUUCAUGAGCGGCCAGCGGCGCCGCGACCGGCUGGCCGUCGAGGGCCUGCGGGACCUCGCCUACGCGAACGAGGAGCGCGCCGGCGGUUUGGGCAUCGAACUCGCGGCGGCGCGCGGCGGCGCGCGGCCGUCGACGGCGCACGCGGCCGUGCCGCCGGUGCUCGUCGCCGUCGCGACGGACGCGCUGAGCUGCCACGGCGACCCCGUCGACGCCAUGUCCGCGUGGAUCCUCCAGCGGGCCAACGACCCGCUGCCGGACGCGUCGAAGCUCCGAUCGCUGCUCCUCACGGCCGCGUCGGCGGCGACGGAGCCCGCCGCCGCCGUCAAGGCGCGGCGCGCGCUCCUCGCGACGCUGGAGAAGCUCGUCGACGGCGACGGGGCCAUCGGCGAGGCGCUCGGGCCGCCGCGGACGCCGAAGCCGCCCGCGAAAAGCGCGGGCAUGCGGAGCUUCGCCAAGGUCGAGGCCGAGCGCGAGAUCCGCGCGCUCGACAAGCUCCAGGACAUCCACGACACGGAGGAGAACCCCAUGCUCGACCCCGACGUGCGCAUCGAGGCGAGCUACCGCCUCAAGAUGGCGGACCUCGAGAACGCGGAGCUGCCGCCGGACCUCCGGCCCAAGCCGCCGGGCGCCGGCGACGAGAAGAAGCUCGAGCGGCGCCACGCGGGCGUCUCCCGCGAUAAGAAGUAG